AGCCCCCCCGCCCCAUCGCCCGGAGCCGCCGAGGCGGGGAUGUCCCCAGCAGGGAGCUGAGCGCUGGGGAGGGGCCGCCUGCAGCCCCCCGCCCCCGGACCCCAAACUUUGUGUUUUUUGUGUUUUUUUUUUUGUUUUUCUUUCCCUGCGGCUGCGGUGUGCUCGGCUCCGGCCCCGAUGGUGCCUGGGGACGCAGAAAGGGCCGGGGGCGGACAGCCCAGCGCUUCCCACCGCCUCCCCUGACGAGGGGCUCGGCUGCCGGCCCCGCUCCGGAUUUUGGGGGUCCCGGCUCUGCACGCCCCCCGGGGAAGUUGGACACGGCGGGGAGCUGCCUGCGGAACCCCCCCGCCCUGCCGGGAGCCUUACCCAUCGCCUUCGCCUCCCCCCGAGCGGCGCUGCUGCGGGGGUCCCUGCGCCGGGGGGGGCUCGGAGAGCAGCGGGGGCUGGCGCGGCAGCCGCCCGGAUUAUAAAGUCGGGGAAGUUGCCCCCGCCUCGGCGAAGCCAUGGCCCGGCUCGGGAGCUGGGCGCUGCUGUGCUUCGUGGUGCUCGCCCUGCCCGGCCCCCCGGGAGCCGGAGCCCAAGACGACGUCUCCCCGUACUUUAAGACGGAGCCGGUGCGGAGCCAGGUGCACCUGGAGGGGAACCGCCUGGUGCUGACGUGCAUGGCCGAGGGCAGCUGGCCCCUCGAAUUCAAGUGGCUGCACAACAGCCGGGAGCUGACCAAGUUCUCCCUGGAGUACCGGUACAUGAUCACCUCGCUGGACCGCACGCACGCCGGUUUCUACCGCUGCAUCGUCCGCAACCGGAUGGGAGCCCUGCUGCAGCGCCAGACCGAGGUGCAGGUGGCCUACAUGGGGAGCUUCGAGGACAGCGAGGCGCAGCAGAGCGUGUCCCACGGCGAGGCGGCCGUCAUCCGAGCGCCCCGCAUCGCCAGCUUCCCCCAGCCCCAGGUCACUUGGUUCCGCGACGGGAGGAAGAUUUCCCCCAGCAGCCGCAUAGCCAUCACGCUGGAGAACACCCUCGUCAUCCUCUCCACGGUGGCCCCGGACGCGGGGCGCUACUACGUGCAGGCGGUGAACGACAAGAACGGGGACAACAAGACGAGCCAGCCCAUCACGCUCACCGUGGCCAACGUGGGUGGCCCGGCCGACCCCAUCGCGCCCACCAUCAUUGUCCCACCCAGGAACACCAGCGUGGUGGCCGGCACCUCGGAGGUGACCAUGGAGUGUGUGGCCAACGCCAGGCCGCUGAUCAAGCUGCACAUCAUCUGGAAGAAGGACGGGGUGCCCCUCUCCAGCGGCAUCAGCGACUACAGCCGCCGCCUCACCAUCCUCAACCCCGCGCUGGGCGACAGCGGCUACUACGAGUGCGAGGCCGUGCUGCGCAGCAGCAGCGUGCCCGCCGUGGCCGAGGGCGCCUACCUGUCCGUGCUGGAGCCCCCGCAGUUCAUCAAGGAGCCGGAGAGGCACAUCACGGCCGAGAUGGAGAAGGUGGUGGCCAUCCCGUGCCAAGCCAAAGGUGAGGAGUGUCGUGCGUGCCGCCCCCCCGACAUGGCCUGGUACAAGGACGCGUCCCUCCUCCGCCCGGAGCAGCUGCCCCGCUUCCAGCUGCUGGCGGACGGCAGCCUGCAGAUCAGCGGGCUGCUCCCCGACGACACCGGCAUGUUCCAGUGCUUCGCCCGCAACGCGGCCGGCGAGGUGCAGACCACCACGUACCUGGCCGUGACCAGCAUCGCCCCCAACAUCACCAGGGGCCCCCAGGACAGCACGGUGAUCGAUGGCAUGUCCGUAAUCCUCAACUGCGAGACCUCGGGGGCUCCGCGCCCGGCCAUCACCUGGCAGAAAGGGGAGCGGAUCCUGGCCAGCGGCUCGGUGCAGCUCCCGCGCUUCACCCUGCUGGAGUCGGGCAGCCUGCUCGUCAGCCCCGCGCACCUCGCCGACGCCGGCACCUACACCUGCCUGGCCACCAACUCGCGUGGCGUGGACGAAGCCUCCGCCGACCUGGUGGUCUGGGCACGGACACGCAUCACCGACCCGCCGCAGGACCAGAGCGUCAUCAAGGGGACCAAGGCCUCCAUGAGCUGUGGGGUCACCCACGACCCCAGCGUGGAUGUCAGGUACGUCUGGGAGAAGGACGGGGCCCCGCUGGGCACGGAGAGCGGCCCCCGGCUGCGGCUGGACGAGGCGGGCACGCUGCACAUCUCCCAGACCUGGUCGGGGGACAUCGGCACCUACACCUGCAAGGUGCUCUCGGCUGGCGGCAACGACUCGCGCAGCGCCCACCUCCGUGUCCGGCAGCUCCCCCACGCCCCCGAGAGCCCCGUGGCCGCGCUGAGCCCCCUGGAGAAGCGGGCCAUCAACCUGACCUGGGCCAAGCCCUUCGAUGGCAACAGCCCCCUGCUCCGCUACGUCGUGGAGGUCUCCGAGAACAACGCUCCCUGGACCGUGCUGCUGGCCAGCGUCGACCCCGAGCUGACGUCGGUGGUGGUGCGGGGCUUGGUCCCCGCUCGCUCCUACCAGUUCCGCCUGUGCGCUGUGAACGACGUGGGCAGGAGCCAGUUCAGCAAGGACACGGAGAGGGUGUCCCUGCCCGAGGAGCCACCCUCCGCGCCCCCCCAGAACGUCAUCGCCAGCGGGCGCACCAACCAGUCCAUCAUGAUCCAGUGGCAGCCGCCCCCUGAGAGCCACCAGAACGGUGUCCUCAAGGGCUACAUCAUCCGGUACUGCCUGGCCGGGCUGCCCGUGGGCUACCAGUUCAAGAACAUCACCAACGCCGAUGUCAACAACCUGCUCCUGGAGGACCUCAUCAUCUGGACCAACUACGAGAUCGAGGUGGCGGCGUACAACAGCGCCGGCCUGGGGGUGUACAGCAUGAAGGUGACCGAGUGGACGCUGCAGGGAGUCCCCACCGUGCCCCCAGGGAACGUGCAGACCGAGGCCACCAACUCCACCACCAUCCGCUUCACCUGGAACCCCCCCAGCCCCCAGUUCAUCAACGGCAUCAACCAGGGCUACAAGCUCAUCGCCUGGGAGCCGGAGCACGAGGAGGAGGCGACGGUGGUGACGGUGCGGCCCAACUUCCAGGACAGCGUCCACGUGGGCUACGUGGCGGGGCUGAAGAAGUUCGCCGAGUACUUGACGUCGGUGCUGUGCUUCACCACGCCGGGGGACGGCCCGCGCAGCCCGCCCCAGCUGGUGCGCACCCACGAGGACGUGCCCGGCCCCGUGGGACACCUGAGCUUCAGCGAGAUCCUGGACACGUCCCUGAAGGUCAGCUGGCAGGAGCCCCUGGAGAAGAACGGCAUCCUGACGGGCUACCGGAUCUCAUGGGAGGAGUACAACCGCACCAACACGCGGGUGACCCACUACCUGCCCAACGUCACGCUGGAGUACCGCGUCACCGGCCUCACCGCCCUCACCACCUACACCAUCGAGGUGGCCGCCAUGACCUCCAAGGGCCAGGGCCAGGUUUCCUCCUCCACCAUCUCCUCGGGGGUGCCCCCAGAGCUCCCCGGUGCCCCCACCAACCUGGGCAUCUCCAACAUCGGUCCCCGCUCCGUCACCCUCCAGUUUCGCCCGGGCUAUGAUGGCAAAACCUCCAUCUCCCGCUGGCAGGUGGAGGCACAGGUAGGGCAGAGUGGCGAGGCCGAAGAGUGGAGGCUCGUCCACCAGCUGGCUAACGAGCCUGACGCCCGCUCCAUGGAGGUGCCCAACCUCAGCCCCUACACCUACUACAGUUUCCGCAUGCGGCAGGUGAACAUCGUGGGCACCAGCCCCCCCAGCCUGCCUUCCCGGAGGAUCCAGACCCUGCAAGCCCCCCCAGAUGUGGCACCCGCCAACGUCACCCUGCGGACAGCCAGCGAGACCAGCCUGUGGCUGCGCUGGAUGCCCCUCCUGGAGCAGGAGUACAACGGGAACCCCGACUCGGUGGGCUACCGCAUCCGCUACGCGCGCUCGGACGGGCGAGGGCGGGCGGCGCUGCACGUCGUCCACGACCGCGUGGAGAGGGAGUACACCAUCGAGGACCUGGAGGAGUGGACCGAGUACCGCGUGCAGGUCCAAGCCUUCAACGCCAUCGGCUCGGGGCCCUGGAGCCACCUGGUGCUGGGGCGCACGCGGGAGUCAGUGCCUUCCUCUGGUCCCAGCAACGUGUCGGCACUGGCCACCACCUCCAGCAGCAUGCUGGUGCGAUGGAGCGACAUCCCCGAGGCGGACUGCAACGGCCUCAUCCUGGGCUACAAGGUGAUGUACAAGGAGAAGGACUCGGAGGCGCGCGCUCAGUUCUGGCUGGCGGAGGGCAACGCGUCCCGCAGCGCCCAGCUGACGGGGCUGGGCAAGUUCAUGCUGUACGAGAUCCGCGUGCUGGCCUUCACCAGGAUCGGCGACGGCGUGCCCAGCCGGCCCCCCGUCCUCGAGAGGACGCUGGAUGACGUGCCCGGCCCCCCUGUGGGGAUCCUGUUCCCCGAAGUGAGGACGACCUCGGUGCAGCUCAUCUGGCAGCCGCCCGCGGCACCCAACGGCAUCAUCCUGGCCUACCAGCUCACCCACCGCCUCAACACCACGGUGGCCAACGCGGCGGCCGUCGAGGUGCUGGGCCCCAGCACCCGGCAGUACACGGCCACGGGCCUGCAGCCCGAGUCCACCUACCUCUUCCGCAUCGCCGCGCAGACCCGCAAGGGCUGGGGCGAGGCGGCCGAAGCCCUCGUGGUGACCACGGAGAAGAGAGAUCGCCCGCAGCCCCCCAGCAAGCCCCUGGCACGGCAGGAGGACGUGCGUGCCCGCAGCGUGCUGCUCUCCUGGGAGCCGGGCAGCGACGGGCUCUCCCCCGUCCGCUUCUACACGGUGCAGACCCGCGAGCUGCCCGACGGCGAGUGGGCGCUGCACCCCGCCGCCGUCAGCCACAACGCCACCGCCUUCGUCGUGGACAGGCUGAAGCCCUUCACCUCCUACAAGUUCCGCGUGAAGGCGACGAACGACAUCGGGGACAGCGAGUACAGCGAGGAGUCGGAGUCGCUCACCACCCUGCAGGCGGCCCCCGAGGAAGCCCCCACCAUCCUCUCCGUCACCCCGCACACCACCACAUCGGUGCUCAUCCGCUGGCAGCCCCCAGCCGAGGACAAGAUCAACGGGAUCCUGCUGGGCUUCCGCCUCCGCUACCGCGAGCUGCUGUACGACAGCCUGCGCGGCUUCACCCUGCGCGGCAUCGGCAACCCCGGCGCCACGUGGGCAGAGCUCACCCCCGUCUACGCCGUGCACAACCUCAGCGAGGUGUCCCUCACCCAGUACGAGCUGGACAACCUGAGCAAGCACCGGCGCUACGAGAUCCGCAUGAGCGUGUACAAUGCCGUGGGCGAGGGUCCCCCCAGCCCCCCCCAGGAGGUUUUUGUGGGUGAAGCGGUGCCCACCGGCGCGCCGCAGAACGUGGCGGUGAAGGCGGCCACGGCCACCCAGCUGGAUGUCACCUGGGAGCCACCACCUGCCGAGAGCCAGAACGGCGACAUCCAGGGCUACAAGAUCCACUUCUGGGAGGCCCAGCGGCAGAACGAGAGCGCGCGGGUGAAGACGCUUUUCCUGCCCGAGACCGGGGUGAAGCUGAAGAACCUGACGGGGUACACCUCCUACUGGGUCAGCAUCGCCGCCUUCAACGCUGCAGGAGACGGGCCCCGCAGCCCCCCCGUCAAGGGCCGGACGCAGCAGGCAGCCCCCAGCGCCCCCGGCUCCAUCCGUUUCAGCGAGCUGACCACCACCUCGGUGAACGUGUCCUGGGAGCCGCCGCCGCUGCCCAACGGCGUCCUGGAGGGCUACAGGCUGGUCUACGAGCCCUGCAUGCCCGUGGACGGUGUCAGUAAGAUCGUGACGGUGGACGUGAAGGGGAACAGCCCGCUGUGGAUGAAGGUGAAGGACCUGGCUGAGGGAGUCACGUACCGAUUCCGGAUCCGGGCUAAAACCUUCGCCUACGGGCCGGACAUCGAAGCGAACAUCACCACGGGGCCUGGGGAAGGUGCCCCCGGCCCCCCCGGUGAGCCCUUCAUCUCCCGCUACGGCUCGGCCAUCACCAUCCACUGGUCGAGCGGGGACCCGGGCCAAGGCCCCAUCACCAGAUACGUCAUUGAGGCUCGGCCUUCAGACGAGGGGCUCUGGGACAUCCUCAUCAAGGACAUUCCCAAGGAAGUGACCUCCUACACCUUCAGCAUGGACAUCCUCAAGCAGGGGGUCAGCUAUGAUUUUCGUGUCAUUGCCGUGAAUGACUACGGCUACGGGACCCCCAGCACGCCGUCCCCCUCGGUCUCAGCCCAGAAAACCAACCCCUUCUACGAGGAGUGGUGGUUCCUGGUGGUCAUCGCCCUCGUGGGGCUCAUCUUCAUCCUCCUGCUCGUCUUUGUGCUCAUCAUCCGCGGGCAGAGCAAGAAGUACGCCAAGAAGUCGGACUCGGGGAACGGCUCCAAGGCGAACGCCCUGAGCCACGGCGAGAUGGUGAGCCUGGACGAAGGCAGCUUCCCCGCCCUGGAGCUCAACAACCGGCGCCUCUCCGUCAAGAACUCCUUCUGCAGGAAGAACGGCAUCUACACCCGGUCGCCGCCACGGCCCAGCCCCGGCAGCCUGCACUACUCGGACGAGGACGUGACCAAGUACAACGACCAUCCCGCCGAGAGCAGCAGCCUGACCGAGAAGCCCUCCGAGGUCUCCGACUCUCAGGGCAGCGACAGCGAGUACGAGGUGGACCCAGGCCACCAGAAAGCCCACUCCUUCGUCAACCACUACAUCAGCGACCCCACCUACUACAACUCGUGGCGGCGGCAGCAGAAGGGCAUCUCGCGGGCGCAGGCGUACAGCUACACCGAGAGCGACUCGGGGGAGCCCGACCACGCGCCCCUCUCCACCAGCACCUCCACGCAGCAGGGCAGCCUCUUCCGGCCCAAAGCCAGCAGGACUCCCACCCCCCAGACCCCCGGCAACCCCCCCAGCCAGCCCGGCACCCUCUACCGCCCGCCCAGCAGCCUGGCCCCUGGCUCCAGAGCCCCCAUCGCCGGAUUUUCCUCUUUCGUUUGAUAUUUAAAGAGAAGCGAAAAAGAAAGGAGCAAGAAAAAAAAAAUACAAAAAAAAAAAACCGCACACAAAAAAAAAGCCCCAAGGAAUCAAGAAAAAGCGACGAGGGGGAGAAGAGGACGAGGGGGAGAAGAGGAGGGGGACGCUGAGGGCCCCAGGGCUGGCGGCGCUGGGGCCCGCAGGGGGCAAAGCCCCGGCUGCCGUGGGCACAGGCACGAGCUUGGGCUUUUUCCUUUUCUUGGCAGGACUUGGAGCAGGAUGCCAAGUGACUUUGCUGGGCUGGGGAGCAAACCCCCAGCUCGUCUUUUGGCCAAAGCUUUCUGCGUUACAGACUCCUCGGCAGGGCUCGGGGCUGGCAGCUCUGCGCCCUGGGAGCUGGGGGGGCGCGGGGCCCUCGCCGUGCCAAACCCCGGCCCCUCCGCUCGGGGUCCCCCGGGAACACGGGGCCGGGCAGUGACACAGAGGAUGACUGCAGGGGGAGAGGGGCUCUGCUUCUUGAAAGCCUCUGGAGCUGAAGCCCCCAGCCCGGCCCCUUUGGGGAAGGGGGCAGCCACUGCGCCAGGAACCAUGCGGAUAAUUAAUUCCUCUCUUCAACAUGGCCCCCCCAGGAGUAAACCCCAGGAGAGCCCCGAGAGGUGCAAGUGGUGCUGACGUCCCCUCUGAUUUGCACACCGGGGCCACGCAGGGGCCCUGGAGAGGACUCGGCGGGGGUGAUGCAGCGACCGUGGCCACCCCCCUGCCUUCCUGGGGCUUUGGGGAUGUUUUUAUUUUAAUUCUCUUUGAAGCAGAGGCCUGUGAGCACGAGGGGCACGCGGGGGCGGCGAUGCCCGGGGGGCUUCAGGGCCGUGGAGGGGGGUGGUUCUGUGGUCUCUGCAUAGCAAAACACCCGCAGUGCCUACCGGCGAGCCGGGCACCAGCCGGCGGGGCCGCGGCGCCCGGGGCGAGCCGAGGGAGAUGCCAAUAAAGAGCCUGAGGAUGA